GAGCAGCCUGAUUUGUUGUUGUCUCCAGAUAAUAAAAAGUCGCCCAGAUGCUACUGUCCUCUGUUCAUGGCACAUAGCGUCCGGGCCAGCAGCAGUCGGUGCUCGAUUGCUUUCGUCUGGAGAAACCAUGGCAGACCUAGAGGAUAAUGUUGCAAUUCCUGAGUUCAGCAACCUAGUCCAAAUGGAUCCCUAUCUCAAAGCGUACGAGAAGGACUACGAGAGGAGGUAUGAGCUGCUACAGAAGCAUCUUUCCAAGCUGGAGGAGGCAGAAGGAGGCUUUGACCAGUUCACGCGCAGCUACAAGACCUUCGGUGUGCAGCGACAGCCUGACAACAGCCUGUUUUUUAGGGAGUGGGCUCCGGCUGCAGAGGCCCUCUUCCUCUGCGGUGACUUCAAUGGCUGGGAGAAAUUCUCCCACCCCUACACCAAGAAAGAAUUUGGCAAGUGGGAAUUGAUUCUACCACCCAAGCAUGACAAGUCUCCAGCUGUGGACCACAACUCCAAACUCAAGGUGGUAGUUCACACCAAGAAGGGAGAGCGGCUGUACCGCAUCUCACCCUGGGCAAAAUAUGUGAACAGGGACGAGAAGUCUAUCAUCUACGACUGGGUUCACUGGGAUCCCCCUCAGCCCUACACUCAAAUUCACCCUCGGCCAAAGAAGCCCACGAGCCUGAGAAUAUACGAGGCCCACGUGGGCAUCGCUUCAUCUGAGGGAAAGGUUGCCACAUACACCAACUUCACGAACAACGUGCUGCCUCAUAUAAAAGACCUGGGUUACAACUGUAUUCAGAUGAUGGCGAUCAUGGAGCACGCCUACUAUGCAAGCUUUGGAUAUCAGAUUACAAGUUACUUUGCUGCUUCCAGUCGCUACGGCACCCCAGAGGAGCUGAAGCAGAUGAUCGAUGUGGCUCAUUCGAUGGGCAUCGUGGUGCUGCUGGAUGUCGUUCACAGCCACGCCUCCAAGAACACUGAGGACGGCCUGAACGGCUUCGAUGGCUCCGACUCGUGCUUCUUCCACUCUCCACCCAGAGGGGAUCACCCGCUGUGGGACAGCCGCCUCUUCAACUACUCCAGCUGGGAAGUGCUGCGGUUCCUUCUGUCAAACCUGCGGUGGUGGAUGGACGAGUACGGCUUUGACGGCUUCAGAUUUGAUGGUGUUACCUCUAUGCUGUACCAUCACCAUGGCAUCGGCUCAGGCUUCUCGGGGGACUACAGUGAGUACUUUGGCCUACAGGUGGAUGAGGACUCUUUGGUCUACCUGAUGCUUGCCAAUCACAUACUUCAUACCCUGUAUCCCGACUGCAUCACUGUUGCAGAGGAUGUGUCGGGGAUGCCUGCUCUCUGCAGAGGAGUGGAGGAGGGAGGACUCGGGUUUGACUACCGACUGGCUAUGGCCAUUCCUGACAAGUGGAUUCAGGGAGGGAAUGAGUUUGGCCAUCCUGAGUGGCUGGAUUUCCCUAGAGAAGGCAACGAUCAGAGUUACCACUACGCCCGUCGGCAGUUUAACCUAUUGGAUACGGAUCAGCUCCGCUACCAUCAGCUCUACGUCUUUGACCGGGACAUGAACCGCACUGAAGACAAGUACGGCUGGCUGGCUGCCCCACCGGCGUUUGUCAGCGCCAAGCAUGAAGAGGACAAGGUCAUUGUGUUUGAGCGGGGACAUGUGCUCUUUAUCUUCAACUUCCACCCCAGUAAGAGCUUCCAGGACUACAGGGUGGCUGUAGAAGUUGCAGGAAAAUACAACAUCAAGCUGGAUUCGGAUGAGCAUUUGUAUGGUGGUCACGGACGGCUGGACCACAACACGGAGUUCCUCACAGAGGCCCACCCCUUCAACGGCCGCCCCAACUCCAUCAAGGUCUACAUCCCCUGCAGAACAGCUAUUGUCCUGGCCAACGAGGGGAUAGAUUACUGUUAUUAGAGGAUGAUUGUCUCUGCAGAGUCCAGGAUCGAGAAUGGAUUCCAACCUCAAACUGAGUGUUAACAAUCACCUUCAUCUUAAAGUGUCAACCUUGCACGACACCCAAAACCACGUUUUGUGCCCAAGUCUUUUUUUUUUUCUAAAUGGGGGGAAAAAAGCAUUGUGAGCUUGUGUGCUUUCAAACACCAUCUGCAACCUUAGAUGCUUUCGUAACCCCAUUUACUACAGAUUGGUCCAUUUGGGCAGCGUCCAACCUAACCAGCAGCUAGAUGCUAAAACUUAAAACCCUGCCGAGUCCGCCACCACUAGCCAGCAGCCAUUUAUAGGCUCUGUUGAAUUUGGCUUGUCAUCUGAAACACAUGACCGGGAAGCAAUACAGCGAGCAUUCAAACGUGAUAAAAGCUCAGAGAAAAUAAAAAUAUUUCAGAAUGUUAUGCAUGUGGAAAUAAAUUUUACUUUUAAUUGUCUUAUAUUUAAAUACAGAUAAUAUUCGGGUGUCAAAGACACAAAGAGAUUUUCAGUAUUAUCAGCACUUGAAAAAAAUCAAAAAUUCCAGGUAUAUUAUCAUUGGUCAUUUGUCUUUGUUCAUUUGCAUUUUGAGACCUUGUACGUAUUAAAAUAUUGCAAUUUGCACAAAUUAAGGAGCUGCUUUGAAUUAUUAUACUUUCAAUGUAUCUAAACCCGUUGUUUGAAUUCAUGCAGCUACUGGGAGCAUUUAUGUGGUUAUUUAUGGUGCUGUUAUUGAGCCAGUAAUUUGCAGCUAAAGCAAAGUGAUAAAAUCUCCUAAUUUGGAUUGUUCACAGUGUGUUGCAUAAUGCACAAAUAACAUUUUAAGCUGAAUUACACAGUUCUUGUCCACUUAACAAAAUGUAAUGCAUGGUUUUCUCCUACAGUAGAUCACAUUAAAGUACUUUAUGUCGUGCAUUUCACUAAACUCUUCGACCUCUGCUGAAUUCUACUAAACCUUUACUGUGACUGCUGAACUCAAUGUAACAGGUCAUUAAAAUAGUCGUUCAUUAACUGAUGUUUUUUUGCAAAUGACUUGGUAAUGUAUCCGUUUCCAUCCUUUAUGUUCUCCUUGUUUUCAUAAAAGUCCCUUGUUUCCAUGUGAAUCAAUGUCUUUUGGGCAACUUUCAGCAUUCUCUGCACGUUUUAUCAAAGCGAUACUGUGAAACAAGAGCUCAUUUUGGACAUCCCAGAUAAAAGCUAAUGCUUAGAUUUACUGCCAUGGAUUCUGUAAUUCUGUGAUCCACACCUACUGCAUUAGUACAGAUCCUCAACAUGUUGAGCUUGUAUUGUAAUAUAUGGCAAGUUUUGAUCUCCUUCUCCUGCAGCUGAAGAAAACAAAUGUAUGUGUGUAGGACCUCGUUUUGUUUAGCCAAAAGUAUCAUGAACAUGUCAUUUCAUUUUGUGCCACACCAAAGCAAAAUGCCUUUCUCCACCUCUCGAGCAGCACAGACAGGAUCACUCUGCAUACAAUUCAAGCAGUGAGGUUGUGAGACUGAAGUGGAGUGUUUAAUCAUCCCUCAUCUGACCCAAUGUCAUUGUCGUUUGACCGAUGCCAAAAUGCAUUUGUUCUCAAAAGUAAAAUUGAUGUCUGAUACGCAGUAACUAUUGCGGCAUAUUUCUUUCAUUAUUACUAAUGAUAAUAAAUCAGUGCCUGUCAGGCCACGAGACAAAUGUG